AUGAAAAAACAGAGGAAAAUUCUAUGGAGGAAAGGAAUCCACUUAGCCUUUUCUGAGAAAUGGAAUACUGGGUUUGGAGGCUUUAAGAAGUUCUACUUUCACCAACAGUUGUGCAUUCUGAAAGCCAAGUUGGGAAGGCCAGUUACUUGGAGCAGGCAUUUAAGGCAUUUCCAGUGCAGAAAGAAGGCCCUUCAAAUCCAGAAAACGUGGAUCCAGGAUGAACCCCUUUUUGUUAAGACAAAGUCCAAUGUGGCUGUUCAGAAUCUUAGUACUUUGUCCUCUAAAGUGAAAGGAAAGGACACUAAACACUUCAUUUCCUCCUCAAGGACCUUCCUGAAACUCCAAGCAGAGAAGUUGCUAUCAUCAGCAAAGAACUCUGAUCAUGAAUACUCUGGAGAGAAAAGUCUCUUGAAGGCAGCCACUGACAUACCAGCAAAUAGUGUUUUAAGUCAGGCCAGUGGUCACAGACCUAGGACGGAGCCACAAGCUUCUGAUCCUCCUAUGAAGUUCAAUGGGGAGAGCCAGAGUCCAGGUGAGAGUGGCACAAUUGUGGUCACCUUGAGCAACCAUAAGAGAAAGCGCUUUUGUUAUGGCUGCUCCCGAGGGCUGGAGCACCACAGGAAUGGGGGACCCCUGAUUCCAAGAAAGUUCCAACUUAAUCAACAUAGAAGAAUAAAAGUAUCUCCUCAUAUGAUGUAUGAGAAAUUAUCCAUGAUUAGAUUUCGGUACAGGAUUCUCAGAUCCCAGCACUUCAGAACAAAAAGCAAAGUUUGCAAGCUAAAAAAAGCCCAGCAAAGCUGGGUGCAGGUCACUGGGGACCAUCAAGAGACCCUUAGGGAGAACAGUGAGGGUGGCAGUUGCAGCUCAUUCCCUUCCCCAGAACCUAAAGACCCUUCUUGUCGGCAUCAACCAUACCUUCCAGAUAUGGACAGCAAUGCUGUGGUGAAGGGAAAGAACUCUCAUGUGCCUGAUGGCCACACUAAAGGAAGCCCUCUCUUGGGCAAGGAGCUUAGUUUAGAUGAAGCAUUCCCUGACCAACAGAAUGGCAGUGCCACAUACAUCUGGGACCAGUCACCCUGUUCCUCUCCUAAGUGGGAGUGUACAGAGCUGAUUCAUGACAUCCCCUUACCAGAACAUCAUUCUAAUAACAUGUUUAUCUUGGAAACCGAGAGAGAAGUUAUGGCUCUGGGUCAGGAAAAUCGGACAAGUACUGUCAAUGAUGACAGAGUAAAACUGUCAGUGUCUGGGGCAGAUCAAUCUGUGAGUAGUGUAGAUGGGCCUGUGUCCGAAGAGACUGUUCAGAAUGAGAGCUCAUGCCAGAUGGAUGAGGAUGGAUCUUUCAAGCAGAACAUUCUUAGUUCUAAGUUGCUGGACCACCCUUACUGUAAAAGUCCACUGGAGGCUCCUCUGACGUGCAGUGGACUCAAACUAGAAAAUCAAGUGGGAGGUGGGAAGAACAGUCAAAAAGCCUCUCCAGUGGAUGAUGAACAGCUGUCAAUCUGCCUUUCUGGAUUCCUAGAUGAGGUUAUGAAGAAGUAUGGCAGUUUGGUCCCACUCAGUGAAAAAGAUGUCCUUGGAAGAUUAAAAGAUGUCUUUAACGAAGACUUUUCUAAUAGAAAACCUUUUAUCAACAGGGAGAUAACAAACUAUCGGGCCAGACAUCAAAAAUGCAACUUCCGCAUCUUCUACAAUAAGCACAUGCUGGAUAUGGAUGAUCUGGCAACCCUGGAUGGUCAGAAUUGGCUGAAUGACCAGGUCAUUAAUAUGUACGGUGAGCUGAUAAUGGAUGCAGUCCCAGACAAAGUUCACUUCUUCAACAGCUUUUUUCAUAGACAGCUGGUAACCAAAGGAUAUAAUGGAGUAAAAAGAUGGACUAAAAAGGUGGAUUUGUUUAAAAAGAGUCUUCUGUUGAUUCCUAUUCACCUGGAAGUCCACUGGUCUCUCAUUACUGUGACACUCUCUAAUCGAAUUAUUUCAUUUUAUGAUUCCCAAGGCAUUCAUUUUAAGUUUUGUGUAGAGAAUAUAAGAAAGUAUUUGCUGACUGAAGCCAGAGAAAAAAAUAGACCUGAAUUUCUUCAGGGUUGGCAGACUGCUGUUACCAAGUGUAUUCCACAACAGAAAAAUGACAGUGACUGUGGAGUAUUUGUGCUCCAGUACUGCAAGUGCCUCGCCUUAGAGCAGCCUUUCCAGUUUUCCCAAGAAGACAUGCCCCGAGUGCGGAAGAGGAUUUACAAGGAGCUGUGUGAGUGCCGGCUCAUGGACUGAAACUCAGCAGGGACUCUGGGAAGUCUGACCAAGUUGGAGCAGAUGUGAUCUCAGCAGCAUGCAGGGCUCAUCUGCCUCUGCUUGACCAACCCUGAGACUCCAGCACAGGAGUCCUUUUUUUUGCUUCCAUGAACCUCAUCUUCUGGGGGAAGGCAGAAGUGGCCCUGUCCUGAUUAUUACCCUUGGCUGCAUUAGGAUUAAAGUAAUGGAUCUUGCAUCUUUAAUCUAACAAAGUUUUGUGAUAUUGGAAAGGAAAGGAAAUAAGGAAAGAUGCAUGUUAAACUACAUCUUUUCUGAACUGGGGGAGGAAAAACAACAAAUGUGUAUAUAAGAAAUUCAGAAGCGUGUACAGAAAAAUACCAAGUAAAUGGCAGAAGAUGCUUCGGUUUAUGCCUCGUUAGGUGUGAGGUGUUGAAAAUAAAAAGCUAAAAUGUGCAGUUUUACUUGGCCAUAAGGUAGGGCUGACUGCCAGCAGUUGAGGGUGGAGUCAGAACAUGUUUACAUGCAGGGUUCCCAUCCCCAGACAUUCCAAGCACCAACACCAAUGUUUACAUUGUAAACAGCCCCAGCACUUUCCUAGUCCCUCAGACUCAAACUCCUUAGUAUAAAACCAGGUCAGUAUUUCUUAUUGUGCUUCAAGUCAUUAAAAAGACUGAUAUUAGAGGCACUUUGUGCUGCUACAGGUAGGGUUGUAUCAGCAUUAGGAAAGGUGACAAAAUGGGUUGUGUGUCUUCUUGAGGUUUUCAGGCAUAAUUAUACGAACAUGAGAUUUUUCAAAUCUGUAUGUAAGACAUUUGCCUGUUUUUUUUGUUUGUUUGUUUUUUUUGGUAAUGGGUAACUAUUAAAAAUGUCUUAUACUUUAGAGCUCCGUAUCUCGUAUCUCACUCUCUGACAGAACCAGGCAUACAGAAGAGACAGAAUUGUGUUCUGGCCAAAAUCUUAACGCCCGAAGUUUCAGAUGCCAUUUCUUCCAGUCUGAGAAAUGGUCAUGCUCUUAACAGGGAGGCAGAGAGAACCUAAGGUGAGCUGUCCCAAGUCCAGGGUGCCUUUCACGUCCAGUUGAGUAGGGCACCUUGAGGUACAUCGUCCAGCAUGCCUUAGCUUAAAUGUCAAAUAUUUUAAGUCUGGUUAAAAUGUUUCUCUGUUGUUCACGAAACUUGCUUCAGCACACAUAGUCGCUUUCCCCCAUCUUGUGAUUAGGUGCAAACCUCUAUUUAGCCCAAGCCCUACGUUUAGAAUGGCCUUUAUCCUGAUGUUUGCAAUAAUGGCUUCCUUGCAACAGAAAUUUUGGAAAUACAGUCUGGGCUGUUGGUAGAAGAGACAGGCAUUGUUUUACUCUCACUAGCUUGGCACUGAGUUGUUUGGGUGCCCUCAAGGUGGGCAGACCUUACGCUUUUGGGGUUGAGGGCAGGCCUUAUACAAACUAAAAGCUGCUUAUGAUGUGCCUUCAACAAGCUGCUCAGUCCUCUCCAUCAGCAAAUUUACCAGUCUGUAGUUGCUUUUAUCCUUUUGUUAAAUCUAUAGCAAUGAAUGUAGAUUUAGUUCAACUUUUAGUUAAGUUCUCUCAAGAAUCAUAGAGAACCAACCUUCUCUUAAGGAAGGGAUGCACUUAAGGAAGGGAGAAGCAGCAGUUGCUGCCAGUAAUCCCCAAAUCAUUUUUUUUGGCUUUGCAUUUUAUUUUCUACUUAUCAUUGAAUAUGAUUAACAUUGGUCACCUUGAAUUAUAGUUGGAACAAAAUAACAGACCUAACUAGGACACAGCCAGCACUAGCCUAAGUUGAACUGCCCCUUUUCUCUGCAGUUGUGGUAUACUACUUCCCUGGGUUAGAAGGAAUAAUUGGGAGCUCUGGGUGAAUCAGACUCUUCAGGCGAGAACCAGUGUGUUAAUAGUGUGAAUGAGAUAUCCUGAUUACCUGCUCUGCUUAAUUGUUAUGCAACUGAACUAAUCAGCAGGUGUAAAGCACAUACUUUGUUAUGUGCUAGGGUCUGCCUCCUGAUCUGUAGAUAAUUAAGAAGACCUAGGGAAUGCCAUCAGAAGUGCUAAUUGUAUUUGGGUGUUAACAAAAGCAGAUCUAGACAAGCUGUCCACUUAAAUGGUACCUUUUGGUUAGAAAAAAAUUAUUUAAAGAAAGAUAGAUUGUGAUCAUGUAAAAAUUACUCAAACCUUCUAGCAAAAAUAUUUUUUGAAAAAUAAACUAA